UUCCAGCGUACGGUUUUAGCCAAACUUGAUGACAUGAAAGGAGUGCUUUUACUGAAAGCCAAGUAUAAAACUGACACAAGACUCAUCAAGGAAGGGGUUCGGUCUUACUUGUACUGUAUCAGCAACAUGAAAAAAGCUACAUCUGAGUCAUUUGAGGGAAACAGUACUGGAAGAUUUUCACUAUCGAAUGAGGUAAAUACCACCGUGGUAAUAGUAUUCUUUUUUCUCUACAGAAUAUAAAAAAUUGUCAAGAGAAAAGAAUAAUAAUAAAUAAAGAGAAAUGGGAAGAUAGUACAACUCAGUAAUAAAUAUGAAAUAGAAAGGUGGAUUCUUAAUUAACAGGAUGCAAUGGAAAAAAUGGUGACACAGAUAAACAAGUGGUCAAAACACAGACAAAAACACUGAUUCACAUGAAAGUAGUAUAUUUAUGUAUAUAUGGUAUGAGUAGUAUUGGGAUAAUAAUGAUUGAAGAGGGAAUUCCGUAAAGCCUAGAGCGGAUAGGCCAACAGUCUGAAUUGUACUGACCAAAUCGUCAUGAUCGCCUGAGUCUUCUCAAAAUGGUUUUAGACAACAUGCAGCUUAAAGUGGGACGAUUUAAAAUAGAAACUGCAGGAAAUCAGGAUAAAAUUUCUGUUUUCAAUGGCUGUACCGUAACUUUCCUAACGUUUUCCCUAUUAUUCACACAAAACAUUCGCCGCUUCUGAUUCCUCGGUCUGCACAAUUCUUCACAUCACAUACACGAAGAAUUUAGUAAUUGGUAAUUAUUUUUAACGCUGACUCAAGCUUGUAAAUCAAUUUUCUCUUAGGAAAAGCGGAGAGCCGAGAUGCGCUUAGAGUUACAUGUACUGACAGAUGUAAUGACCAACACAAUGCUUUCACUGAAACAGCCUGGAGAAGAAUAUUCCGCGGUAAAAAAUAAGCUUCAAUCCACUGUUCUGGGGAGAGAGGAGGUAAAGGAUAUAACACGACUGGCUGUAAAGGAUAACGAGCGAGGCGCAGGAUUUCAACUCCCCGAAUUCAGCAAUGAAACAAUGGCUGAAAUAUUUGCAGAAACUCCCGAAGUGGGAGUUCAGGUAAAAUAUAGAUCAGAGCGUUUUCACAUGACGUCGCGGCAGCCGUGUUGGUGUUCCAAAGUAAUGAAACGGCGGCCAUUUUGGUUUCUCAAGCAAGUCCUGUGGGAGUUGAACUCUCUUCUUAUGUGGAUGCUUUCGUUUUUUCCAAUAAAUUUGAAUAGAUGCUGACCACGUGAGUGAAAACGCUCAAUAUAUAAAAGGUCUGGAUCACCUUUAAAAAUCGCAGACAGCGAUUCAUGUGUUUAAUCUUAAGCUAAGAAGACUAAAAUGCAUUUCACACCUUACUGUUCAAUUUUGCUGACCAGCAAAAUGGAUACAGUUAAAGAUUUCUAAUAAAUAUAACUUUUCUUCGUGCACUAAAAUGUUGUAUUUGAUUUGUUGCCUAGAUGAUCACCUACGAAUUCAUUCCUCAGUUGUCAACUAACAGCACCAAUCAUAUCAAUUCCAAAAUCGUCAGCGUGGAUUUGAAGAAUGACCAAGGCCAUACAAUGCAAAUUAAAGGCUUACCUUCAAACAUCGCUAUCAAAGUUCCAUUCUCGCAAAACGCAAACAAUACAAACUCUACUCCAGUUUCGCAACGAUUCUUAAGUCCUGGAAUCAUGAAUUAUCACAUCGUUAGCGUUGAACAUGAGUACACUGAACUGCAUGCAGCCAUAAAAUUAUGCCAACAGGCAUAUUUUACUGUUUACAUUAAACAUGGAAAAAAACCAUCUGAAAAUGAUUUCGAUGACGUGGUUUCAAUAAUUGGCGAGAAAAAUAUAUCCGAUUCAGGUUGCGGUGGUAAUGAAGACGACUUCGCUGUCCGAGAAAUUUGGUUCACUGCAAUCAAACCGGGGAACUACUACUUCGGUCUUCGACUGGAUGAAGGAAACACAGCUAUCCAAUCAAGAAACAGGCGUUCGCUGAUGUCUGCAAGUCUGUCACAGGACAGAUGCGUCACCUUCAAAAAUCCCCCACCAACCCCACCACGAGAACUCGUCGUCAUCGAGCCCAUAUACGACCCUCAAACGUCUGUAAACUACAGUUUUUUUGUGGAUACCAUUUGGUGUGCUUUUUGGUCUGAGAGCGAAGAAGUGUGGUCAAAUGAGGGAUGCAUAGUAAGGGCGAUCAAUUUGAAACCUUGGAAAGUGAAACAAAUCAGGGGCACCCAAAGACGUUUUUUCAGUAAAAUAACGGUUCGAAGGAACAAAUAUUGCCUACAAGAUAAAUUCUGGACAACUGUUUCACUCUUCUAAGAUAUUUGGGGUUUUUCACGUAACUUAUACCUAGAACGAUUUUGGGAGGUUGUGAUUUCACAAAAUCGAUAUACGAAAUGAAGGUCCCCUAGAAGUUUCUAAUGAAAGUACGACUGGACCCAUUAGGGACUAUAUUUCUCUAGGGCAGCUCCAAAUUAACCAAAAAGUCUUCUAAAGCAUAGAGAAAACCAUUUGAGACACUUGAGACCCAUUUGAAAACAUUCCGUUGUUGGGUGCCCCUGUUUUACAUCGUUUUGUCAUGUAACGGCAGAUUUCUACAGAAGCCUACAUUCUUUGGGUGAACAACUUAAGCUUUACAUUACAAAUCCGCCCUAGACCGUCUUUUCAAAACUAGCUGGAACCUCUUCAACUGAACUGGCUUCAACCUCUCCCCUUAGUGUUCUUAGAAAAUGGGAGGGGUAGGUUGGAAUGGCUUGUUAAGUGUUGCCAGUUAAUUAUUAUGGUUAAUUCAUGGCUAAUUAAUGUAAGGGCAAGCAUACAAAAAACAACUGACAUAACAACAAAAAGUAUCUUCCCACAAAGCCCUCGUAAGGGACGUCAAGUCAAAUCCAAAAUAUUCUGACUGAGUAUUGUCUUACUGAAAGCCGAGUGGUAUGCCUUUCAUUCAUAGGUGGGUAGAAAUUCAAGCAGUACAUCUCUGGAAUGUCUCUGUAAUCACUUGACCUCUUUCGGUGGGGAAUUCCUUGUGGCACCAAACGCCAUCGAUUUCGAUGCAAUCAAGCGGACAAUGGAAAACUUGGAUCCUGGUGACUUGUUAGUCCUGGUCACUGUCUGUGUUGUAUGUUUGGUAUAUUUUCUGGUUCUAGUUGCCGCACGCCGAGCUGACAAAAGAGAUGCUGCUAAGGUAUCUUCUCUGACGAUAUUUUACAAUUCUUAUUUGCAACCACGUGACAAGGCGGCACCGCCAUAUUGGUUUAAGAAACACUAUUUUUUGCAUAAUUUGCAUUAAAAAAUGUUUCUUUCCCAGAGGAGAGAAACGCUUUUGUUCUUGUCAACCAACAUUGCUGCCGUGACGUUACAUGCAAAUCAACAACAGAAAGUUUAAGCAAAGACGUGUUUUAGCGACGCACGUUAACCGAAAGUGGACUUUUGCAUUCUUGGGCAGUGGUCUUGCCCAAAUGUAUUUGGCAAAUCGACUCUGCCCUGUUCGCACUACGCUAAACUUUGUUUUUUUUUUUUUGUGCAAAAAAAUAUGUCAACAGUCAGCCAUUUGUAGAGCAAAUGAUUUUUCUCACCUACCAGGAAAUUUUCUCAAGUGUCACCAAACUUCAAAGAUGUGGUCGAGUAGAUUUGGAGGCCUACAGUUUUUUGUCAGACAAAAGAAUUCUUUGUUCCUUCACAGCUAUACUUCGUUGUGUCAUCUUAGUUCGCGAACAUGACCAAUUAAGGUUCCUUUAAUUGACAGCUCUGGUUAUACGAAAAACUUUGCGUGUCUCAGACACUAAGCGAAAACGGAAAAUUGGUGAUUACAACAGUUUGAAAUUUUUUGGAAACACCAAACUCUAUUUUUUUGACGUAGUGUGAAAAGGGCCUUAAACGUACCUACGUACGUACCUCAAACACGUCUUUUCUUAAACUUCCUAAUAUGUUAUCUAACUAAGAUUCCCAGACAGCAUGAUUAAUAGCAGCAGCAGAAAAAGCGCACUAUAAGUAGCAGUUAAGUAGGUAAAUUAUUUAAAGUCUUAAGUCCAAGUGUUUUGAUUUCCUUCGUGACAAUGAAUAAGUUCCCCAACGAAUCUGAUUCAAAAGAUCAAGAUACCUUCUUAGCACUCAUGUUAACAUAAAAAAGUGCAAAAACUUAUUUGCUGUGUCAAGAUGAAGCACGUUUGCAAGUAAUUUUGGCUCAUGCAGAACAAAGAAAACCUGUCUAAUUUGUCUUUCAGGACAGCCCUAUUAUACCAGUGACCCACAAUGAUGAUUGCGAAUAUGAAUACAUAGUAUCUAUAACUACGGGCGCAUGGAGAAACUCAGGAACCUCGGCUAAUGUUUCGAUGGUCCUUUAUGGUACAGAGGGUGUGAGCGACGUCAUCAACCUCGUGGAUGGAUGUCUGGAGGAAAGGCAAUUUUUCGCGCAAGGAAACACGGACAACUUCUUAAUAUGUCUACCGCAACCUUUGGGGUCCCUAGUUAAAGUAAAAAUUGGACACGACAGUUCUGAAAAUAAUGCAUCUUGGUUUCUUAGUGAAAUUGCAGUUAUAGAUAGUCAGACCGGCGAAAAGUGGAUCAUAAGCUGCUAUAAAUGGCUCGCUCUUGAUAAGGAUGAUGGAAAUACUACAGAGAUGUUUUAUGUUGAAAACGCAGACAGUGACAUAGGUUUUAAAAGAAAAUUUAACAUUUUACAAAAAACAGGGAUCGCCGACGAUCACUUGUGGUGGUCUGUUGUUUGCAAGCAACCCAAGAGUUCCUUUACUCGUGCGCAGAGGGCAUCUUGUUGUUGCUGUUUCCUUCUACUUUUCAUGGUUACGUCAGCUAUGUUUUAUGGACUAGAAAAUCCAGACCAACAAACCAUCAGAAUAGGACCAUUUAGUGUUACUCCAAGCCAACUGAUAAUUUCAGUGCAAACAGCUUUGAUUACAGUGUUACCGAGCGUUCUUAUUACAAUACUUUUUCGUAAAAGUGAUGAUAAUCGGGCCCCCAGAGGUAGAAAAGACCAUUACAUGGAAGACAAAAGAAGAAAAGGGUGCAAACUACCAUACUUUUGCGUUUAUAUAGCCUGGUUUAUAUGUGUAGGUACUGCCAUCGCCUCGGCUCUUGUGACUGUGUUCUAUUCACUCGCUUGGGGAGGAAAAAAGUCUGCUCGAUGGUUGUCUUCCGUUGUCAUGUCACUGACUGGGGAUGUUCUUAUUUCCCAGCCGAUCAAGAUAAUUAUGAUAUCUGUUGUUGCUGCCUCGCGAUGUGGUCGGACCAAGGGUCUUCAGGCAACGACACACGACACUGAUGAUAAACCAUUGUUUGAAAUGCCCUCAGAUCAAAUACAACAAGCAAAGGAGUUUAAAAUGAAAGAGAAAAGGAUGCUCAAAUUUAUAAAGGAGUUAGCUUUCCUUAUUUUGUUUGUUUUAUUGUUGAUGAUUGUCUGUUACGGCGACAAAAAUAACCAUCGAUUCAAGCUGACGGAUAGCACGGCAAAGAGCGUUGAUAAAUUUGACCAGGUUUGUGUUAACAACAGCAACAACAAACUCUUAAACCAACUACGAAAAAAAUAAUAAUAAAAUAAAUAAAUAAAUAAAAAACAAAACUAAAAAAGCAGUUGGUGUUACGGAUUUUUACUUAGACCGGUUUUUAAUUAUAACGGGAAAUUCCUUUGCUUUACCAAGAAAACACGGACUGCUUUCCAAUGUCAAUUCUUGAGCAAGUCUUGCCAAAAUUUCUAGUGGUCGCUAACCCGAUGUUAAAUUUUCCUGGACCACUGUUGAAAACAACUUUUUUUCUUAGUUGAUUUUUAAGACUUACUAUGUCCAGACAUCAAAGUGUGUUACGACAACCCCAGGCUGUCGUAACUCGUUGAGACCCAGUGGUGACCAGUAUCAAAUUUCUCCUCACAGACUUCUGAGCAAAAUCGAGCAGGGAAGUUAUGAGAUUUAAGGCAAUAAUCGAAUAAAUAGCCUAAAUAGCCUACAUAAUUGAUCUUUUGACAUCAUCUCCAUACAAAAAUAAAUAAAUAAAAAAUGAUGAAAACCAGUUAGAAGAAUAAAUGUGUUGAUAUUAUGGCUCAAAAGGGCCAUUAACCCUGCUUUGAGCAACCCAGCCAAGGACGCUUUCCAGGCAAGAACAUGGAGAAAGGAUACAUUAAGGCGAAAAAUACUCACAUUUAACAAGAAAUACACACCACACAUCCCUCUGUCUAUCUGGCAAUAUAAUGUAAAACAUCAGUAAUAGUUUUAGUAACACAGCUUGGCGUUGCGUUCUUACUCUUAGCUAAAUGACUUCUGUUAUCAAUAACGUUUUACUUUCAGAUUCCAAAUGUUACCCAUUUUUGGCGAUGGAUGAAGACCAGCUUUAUAUCUGCCAUCUUCACAGGGGAUUGGUAUAAUGAUCAGCAAGAGGAAAUUGAAGAAUAUAUCGGCAAUAAACGAUCCAUUCUGGUAGGAAUGCCACGGUUGAGGCAACUCCGUGUUGUAAAAGGUAUUAUAUGGGGAUUUGCCUGAUAUUUGUUCGCUGUUUGCGCUAUACAUUUUUUUUUUCUUUUUUCCUCACAUUUUCUUUAAUCUUGUUGAAUUGUUUUUUUCUUAUUAUGGAAGCUACCGUUCAUCGUGUUAUGUGUGCGAUUCUGUGCUUUUAUUACUUGUCUCGCGAUAUUUAGACCGGGUAUUGCUAGUCUUCCAAAAGCGAUUGUAGCGUUUUUUAAACCAGUUUCCUUUCUCUAUUUUUUUUAUUCCACAGAUUCGUGUGAUGUCCCUGGUAUGUUUAGAAACAUUAUUUCCUUUUGCCAUGACUUCUACUCUCACAAAGAAGAAGACAAGGAUAACUGGGGAUCAAUAACAGGAUAUUUCAACCGAUCGUUUCUGUCAUGCCCGGAGAACUGGGAGUACAGCACAGACGAUGAAAUCGGUAGCUUUGACACUUGGGGUUAUUUCGCUACAUACAAUGGAGGGGGGUACAUAGCCAAUCUAGGAUACAACGCGUUUACAGCCAGAAAUGUUAUCGACGAUUUAAUUGCAAAUGACUGGAUCGAUCGCCAAACCAGAGCAGUAAUAGUCGAGUUCUCAUUGUACAACCCUUCGAGCAAUCUCCUUGCGGUGUUGUCAUAUUAUUACGAAGUUCUUCCUUCAGGAUUCGCUGGAACUUUCAAGAGCCAUGGAAUAAUACCUCUUAAGCCAACACAUUCACAUGCGCAUAAUGUCUACUUGUUUUUUGUACUUCUUUUUGGCGUGUUUCUCGUUUGCUGCUUCUUCAAAGAAUGCGUUAGACUUUUCCGGCAAAGAUGUUCCUAUUUCACUUCUGUCUGGAGUUGGUUGGAGCUUCUUCAGAUUCUAUCCGCAUCUUGUGCACUACUUCUUCAAUGGGAAAAAUUUAAAGAGCUUACAAGAACAUUUGCGAAAUUGAAGGAGAAUCCUUUCGUGACAAUAAGCUUUCAUCAAGUGUUAAUGCUGUCCGAAGCUGAGACUGCUGUGAUCUGCAUAACAACUGCCUUUGCAACCCUACGUCUUCUGAAAUGCUUUUAUUUUAAUGCGCACGUCAUAAGGUUUUCUUUGUUUAUGAGACGCCGCUUCACGUCUAUCGCGUCGUUCUUUGCAAUAUUCUGUGUCAUGUUUACCGGGUUCGCUCUAUUAGGAGUUAUUGCAUUAGGCUCUGAAUAUUCAACUUUCUCUUCUUUCACCACAGCUUUUGUGACUCAGUUUCUCAUGAUAAUCGGAAGUACGUCUAUGAUAGAUGAAUUGGAGGAGGCGGGUCCAUUCGUUUUUGGCCGGUUGUUCAGUUUCAGUUUCAUAUUUACUACCGUGAUAAUCACUACAAAUAUGUUUGUUGCCGUCCUCAAUUUUUCCUACUCAAAUUGUUGCUCCGACGAUCUGGAACUACAGGAAGAAUUAGACAUGUCAAAUUUCAUUGUAAACCAAAUAUUGAAAAAGGUUUUCGGUUACACCAUUAAAGAACAAAACGGAACAUCAAAGAAACUGUUUCUGGACUUAUCAGAAACCGAAGAAUCGGGUGAGACAGAGGAUUUGUGGAGAUCUAACUGGUCUUUCUCAGUUGCCAGAUUUACCCCUAUUAUGCAUCGAAGUCGAACAGUCCCGUUCCGUAGUCACGGAAAUGUCGAUGACGGGGAAACAAUGGUACAUCGCGAUAUCAAUAACGCGCAAUCCUUGCUUUGGGAAACAUGCAAAGCUGAUGAAAAACCCCGUCGUUAUGUCCCUCGAACUGUUUACACAGACAUUGACGAGGAGUCGAUAACAGGACAAAACGAAACAAGCAGUACUGGAAACCCCGAAAAGGUCUCAUUGCCCUCUGGUGACGUUUGCUUGGCUCCUUUAAAUGGAGACAAAGGCGACAGGCUGAAAACAGGAUGUGUGUUCUUAGUUGACGACAUCAUUUGUGGAGCUGAUGGCUAUGACGAUGACUAUGACGACAUCGAUGUCAAGAGUGCCAAAAAUGAUCCCUGGGAGGAGUUUUUGAAGCUACUGGACGAGGAUUGCUUUGAUGACUCUUCAUCAGUUGUUCAGUUGGGUUGA